CGGCAGCGCUUUCCCUCCAGCAUCUGUCUCUCUCUCCUGCCCAAGGAGCUGACCCCCCGCUGCCUGCUCGAUUGCCCGCCUGCCCCCGCUGCAGCCUGCGUGCCGCCUUCUUUCGUAGAUCGCCCCGAGUAGCCACCCCCGUGCUCCGCAACCAUGUCCCGCUUCUUCGCCGCAGGAUCGGACUCUGAUUCCGACGACGACUACUCCGAUGACAAGAUCACCGACUCCGAGUCUGAUCUCAGCUCCGACGUGGACUCUGACGACUCUGACGAGUCCGACGACAACCAGCAGCAAAAGUCAAAGUCUCUGGGCUUCAACCGCUUCUUGAAGGGUGCCAAGCAGGACGACGAUGACGAUGACGAUGAUCUCUCGGAUGAUGGCGAGAAGGGACGCUCGACCUCGAAAAAGGACAAGCGCUUCGAGGAAAUGCGCUCGAUCAUCAACACUCUUGCCAAUGCAAAGAAAAUCAGCGACUGGGUGGCCAUUCAGAAUGAGUUCGAGCGACUAAACAAGGCUUACGACAAGAGCAAGCACAUCUUCACUUACGAAGGCAUCAACCCCCGAUUCUACUUCCGUGCCCUGGCUGAGCUCGAGGACUUCCUCAAAAACACAUCGGCCAACAAGGAUGCCACAAAAAAGAUGAGCCCCUCGAGCGCAAAGGCCCUCAGCACCAUGAAGCAAAAGAUCAAGAAGCACAACAAGACCUUUGAGAAGGAGAUCGAGGCGUGGAGACAGAACCCCGUCACCGUCGAGGAAUCCGAGGAGGAGGCCGAGAAUGCUGCCAUCCAGAAGGAAGAGGCUGCCGAGGCCGCCGCCGUUGCCAAGAAGAAGAGCAAGAAGCAAGUCGAGAGCGAUGAGGAGGAAGCCGAGAACGAGGACGAUGGCUUUACCGUCAUUGGUGCUGGCGGCAAAGUCGUGGAGAUCAACCAAGAGAACCUCUUCAAGAAGCUUGCCGAGCUGCUGGAGAUGCGUGGCAAGAAGAGCACCGACAAGUCGGUCCAUGUCUCCUCCAUGCAACAAGUCCUCAAGGCUGCCUCUACCCCCUUCCAGCGUGUCCGUGUCCUUCUGGCCCUGAUCCCUGCCCAGUUUGAUGUCAUCUCCACCACCACCACCGGCUUCUUGCCCAUUGAAGUCUGGAAGAGCACUGUCGUCGAAGUCAACCAGCUCUUUGAAAUCUGCGAGAAACACACCAACAUUGUGAUUCGAGAGUGCCGAGAAGAGGAAGUGGAGCCCCAGGUCCUGGACCAGCGUAUCAACGAUGGCGAGGAGGUUUCGCUCCUGGGCAACCUGUCCACCUUUGUGGACCGCCUCGAUGAUGAGUUCACCAAGUCUCUGCAGAACAUCGACCCUCACACCACCGAGUACGUCGACCGCCUCAAGGACGAGAGCGCCCUCUAUGCCCUGAUUGUGCGCUGCCAACGAUAUCUCGAGCGCAUCGGCGAUGAGGCAUACGUGCCCAACAUGGUGUUGCGACGAGUCGAGCAUCUGUACUACAAGCCUGACCACGUCAUCGAGACGAUCGAGAGCGCCACAGCCACCCUCCACGAGGAGGCCAGCUUCCCUGCCGAAACCAUCCCGCCGUCCAGCCUCGUUGAGACCCUCUGCACCAGCCUGUAUAAGACCUCGAUCAAGCCCGUCCGGAUCCGCUCGCUCCUCUGCCAUGUCUACCACCACGCCCUCCAUGACCGGUUCCCCCAGGCUCGCGACAUGAUGCUGAUGUCUCACUUACAGGAAACCAUCUACAACGCCGAUGUGCAGACCCAGAUCCUCUUCAACCGCACCAUGGUGCAGAUCGGCCUCUGCGCCUUCCGCUGCGGUCUCAUCCGCGAGUGUGCUAACGCCCUGCAGGACAUCUCGUCCACCGGCAAGGUCAAAGAGCUUCUGGCCCAGGGCGUCCAGUCCCAGCGGCACUCGGAGAAGACUCCCGAGCAAGAGAAGCUCGAGAAGCAGCGCCAGCUUCCCUUCCACAUGCACAUCAACCUCGAGCUCCUGGAGUGCGUGUACCUGACCUGCUCGAUGCUACUCGAGGUUCCCAACAUGGCCAUGCACCCCCACGACUCGCGCCGAAAAACAAUCUCCAAGCCCUUCAGAAGGAUGCUCGACUACAACGAGCGCCAGGUCUUUGUCGGUCCCCCCGAGAACACUCGCGAUCACAUCAUGGCUGCUGCUAAGGCCCUGAGCGGCGGCGAGUGGCAGCGGUGUCGCGAUCUGAUCCACGCCAUCAAGAUCUGGGAUCUGAUGCCAGGUGCCGAGAAGAUCAAGGAGAUGCUUGCCAAGAAAAUCCAGGAGGAGGGUCUGCGAACCUAUCUUUUCACAUACGCUCCGUACUACGACUCGCUUGGCCUCGAGCAGCUGUCGUCCAUGUUCGAUCUGCCCGUCGGCGCCGUCCACUCGAUCGUCUCCAAGAUGAUCAUCAACGAGGAGCUCCAUGCUUCGUUCGACCAGCCCACGAAUACCAUCGUGCUGCACCGAUCGUCGCAGGGUGUCGAGAUGUCGAGACUGGAGUAUCUGGCCGGCGUCUACUCCGAGAAGAUCGGCACCUUUGUCGAGUACAACGAGAAGCUGCUGGAGAGCCGCAGUGUCUCUCUGGGUCUCCAAGACCAGGUCUCUGGUGGAAACGAGAAGGGCGGCAACGCCAACCAGUCGCGUGGUGGCCAGGGCCAGCGCUUCGACAACCGCGGCAACCAGCGCCAAGGACGACAAGGCUACCAGGCCGGUGGACGCAGCAACAACCCUCGCAAGGGCGGUGCUGGUGGCCAGGGCCACCGAAAAAACUAUUGAGCUAAACAAGCGGCGCGAAACCGCCAGGCUUUCGAUGUGUGUGUAUGAGCAUGUCUGUUUACAGCGUUAACAAAAUUGAACGGGAAUACACUGUUUUAUAGCCUAUCCAGUUAAAAAACGGGACAUCC